AUGGUUCAGGCCGAUAGCUCCACCCGACGUUCCGUCAUCCCUAGAUUUCUCUACUGCCCUGCCUCUGCUGCCGUCGGCACCACUAAAUCCCUGGUCUUCGACGGGUUCCUUCUGGCCAGGGACGGGGGCGCGACGGCCUCAUUGCCGUCGUCGCCAUCGCCCGAACCUCCUAAUGACGAAGCACCGGAGCAGUUUCUCGUUCCGGCGCCCAAGGAGAAGAUUGAGCUCUACUCGCCCCAGUUUUACGCGGCCUGUACUGCUGGUGGGAUCGCUAGCUGUGGUCUCACCCACACGGCAGUUACUCCCUUGGAUCUCGUCAAAUGCAAUAUGCAGGUAAGUGUUGCGGGUUCAGGAGCUCGGCUUGUCCGGACAAGGUUUACGCAAAAUGCGUUAUGGCUGGUUGCUUGAUGACUGCUUAUGUUGACUCUACGUAGGCGAUAUAUUUCGAUGUUCUGUUACGUUAUUACUUUUUCGAAAACCUUGAUAAAACUUUUACGGCAUGUUUGUUAAUAUAAUUUAACGGUAUAUACUUGAUAAAGAUAUUUCUAAUGUGUUGCAAACGAUUUAUCAUCUACUUCCUUAAACUAUCAUUAAUGCAUUUUAUUUUAAUGUGGCUUAUUUUUUUCAAUCUCUGUCGUUUUUCCCCUAUUAUAUCUGAAAAUUAUUUUUCUUUCGGGUUUUCCAAGGUGAAAGGCUUCCAAUAAUGGGUAAAUGCCACUACUUUUACCAACUCUUCUAAUGAACUCUCGAGCAUGUGUUCGUUGUUCCCGAAGGUCAUGGCUGUAGCAUGUUACCCGAUUUUUUCGUUCACUCCCGCAUGUCCAAAGUUUGGUAGUAUAUCUUUACACUUUGGUAUUUUAAUCAUUUCUGUGAAGUUUUAAUUUUUUAGUGAUAGGACCAUACCAAAAGUUUGAUCUUAAUAUGGACACUUCCAUUGAUCAUUUAAUCGCAUUUCCUCAGAUUAAUCCUGAAAAGUACAAGAGCAUUUCAUCUGGAUUUGGUGUCCUUCUGAAAGAGCAGGCCAUCAGAGGCUUCUUCAGGGGAUGGGUGCCGACUUUGUUAGGAUACAGUGCUCAGGGUGCAUGCAAGUUUGGAUUUUACGAGUUCUUCAAGAAAUAUUAUUCUGAUAUUGCUGGACCGGAGAAUGCGGCUAAGUACAAGACACUGAUCUACCUUGCGGGCUCUGCCUCUGCGGAGGUUAUUGCUGAUAUUGCCCUUUGCCCAAUGGAAGCUGUGAAAGUACGUGUCCAAACACAGCCUGGCUUUGCCAGAGGUCUGUCAGAUGGAUUGCCCAAGUUUGUCAAAUCUGAAGGUGCACUGGGGUAUGCUGUCAAGCGUUUUUUUCUUAUUCUCAGUUGAAUGCAUCAUGUAUUCAUUUCUUGAUCCAUUUCUUUGACGUUUUAUAGGUUGUAUAAAGGCAUCGUUCCACUCUGGGGACGGCAGAUUCCUUGUAAGGUUUUUUCCUCCUAUUUUUUCAUGUCAGAUGCUCCGUACUUUUAAAAAAUAUCUGCAUUAUUGCCCCUAUUUCUCUUUUUUUUGGGUAAACUCUCACAUAAGCCACAUAUUCUUUGGGUUAUCAUUUGUUUAGGUGCUACGUUUUGUUCGAACUCUAAUGUUCAAUCGCUUGUUAUCUUUAUGGAUGGACGGUGAUACGAUGGAUGCAAGCUAGUCAUCAUGCAAAAUUCUACAUGACGUCCAAUUCUUGUCAAUAAUCGAAGCUCAUUCAUGUCUGUGUUCACAGUUUUGUUUAUGCUUUAAUCUCUUUUUCAUGUUCCAUUAUUGCAAUAUUGAGAGGUCAAAUUUUUAGGUUAUCAGUUAUCUCCAAAUCAUUAUGGUGAUUCAUGUGAUAGGACCAGUUCAACAUCACCCAAGUCAAUGCCAGUGGAAUGUCAUCAAGUUUAGUGAAGGGUUUACCAUAAAAAAUGUUUAUUUGAACUCCGGGCUUAUGGAAAAUUCCAAGUUGGUGCAUUCCCAUGUUAAUGCACCAACUUGGGAUCAUAUUAAUGUAUGUUGGUCUGCUGUAGGUGUUUCAUCUCCAUCCACAAGAAGCAUUACCCCACAUUCCCUGUAAAAACAAAAGUUCAGCUCUGUGGCAUUCUCAGUUAUAUUUAAUUAAAGUGUUGAGAAAUGCAUGUGAGUGUUGCUACAAGCUUUUUCUCUGCUGAAUCCAAUAUCCUUCUGGUGUAUUGACGAACGAGGUUGGUUUUCUAAUUCUUUUAAAAACUCAUGUAGAUCAGGAUGAUUAAAUUCAAAUAAAAUUUAUGUAUCCAUUAAUUUACCGUAGAUAAAUUGAUCAUUAACCCUUCACUGAUAAUUUUCAGUGUGAUAAAGUUCUUUCACAGGACUUUAGAAAAAAAUAGAAAAAAAAGGCCAAGUCUCAUUUAGUUUUGUCUGAGUUUUUCAGGUUGUAUGUAAUCAUGUGUUCUCAGAUUUUAUAAAGCGUUAUAUGUUUAUGUGUGCCUAUUUGUAUAAAAUUUGUCGUGGAAACGAGAGUACUCCAGAACAUUUUUGUCUUUGAUAUCUAUUGCCAGGCAUAGUGGACCUUAUUUUAAAUAAACCAUCUUAACUAUGCCUUGAUGUGCUUCCAUGCCAAGGUGGCAUUGGCCCCGGGUUUAAGAAGGCCAGGACUGGGCUGCCUACUCUACAGAUUGCACCAGUUUUGCUCUGGUCCUAUUCAGAAUAGAAAUUGUCUGGUCUGAACUUCUGUACUGUACAGUUGGAAACUUCCUUGUGUCUUAUGUUCUUUUGAUUCUGAUGGUCUAUUUGUUUCUGCACCUUUUUGAAGAAAAAAUAAGUACAAUGAUCCCAUAUGGAUUUGAAUGUUUUGGGUUUCCUCCAACUUGUUUAUGAAAGGUAACAGAAAUCCCUGAUCUCUCAGUAUUUCUAGGAAGGUUUUGAUCAAUCAUUACACUAACAAAGCAUACUCAUGGUUUACAUUGUUAGAAAACCAAUCGCCAAUGUCUACCUUGCAGAAAAAAUCUUUAGUUCCUGCUCUACUUAUCAUAUGGGCCUAAUAAUUUAUUGGCUAUGUUAAGGUACAAUGUUCAAUGGAAGGUCUAAACACUAGGUUUACUGCUAAGUGCAUCAAAUUAUCCUUGAUAAUUCACUAGUAUGAUUUUAUCUCUAAUGGAACAAGCUGUGUACCCGGAGCUUCAUCCCUAAUUUUCUUGCCCAUUAUGACCACGGAAACAAGAAGAGAUCUCUGCCUUAUUUCCAUAUGUGGAACAAGCAUUGUAGAUGGCUGCCACUCGGGAACAGUGUGACAAGUGGACUCAUCAUCACUACUGUUAUCAAUAGGCGGCAUCUUUCAAUGCCAUAGUCAGCAGGAAAGGAAGAGGCCCAAUGAACUGUAAUUUUCACAAGUAAAUAAUUGCUUCUUAAUGAUAGUUAUACCAGGAAUAAUACUUUUAUCUUAUUAAAAAUAAUGUUUUUUUUACUGCUUAUUGUACUGUUCUAAUGCACGAUGAUUUUGUGCAGUUAUGUAUCAGUGUCUGGCCAAUUCUUUUCUCUACUUUACAUAUUUCCCACUUACAUCAGUUGUAUAUUUUUUGAAUAUUUAUAUUUGUAAAAAAAAAAUCUUUGCGUGAAGAUACUCGCAUUUUUAUAUAUAUAUAUAAAUUUCCCACUUGCAUUUUGUACUCUCAGAUACAAUGAUGAAGUUUGCGUCCUUUGAGACUGUCGUUGAGAUGAUCUACAAGCACGCCGUCCCCAAGCCCAAGGACCAGUGCAGCAAGGAGCUCCAGCUCGGCAUAAGCUUUGCCGGUGGCUACAUCGCCGGUGUCUUCUGUGCAGUCGUCUCACACCCGGCCGAUAAUCUCGUCUCUUUCCUCAACAAUGCCAAGGGAGCCACAGUCGGUGAUGUAUGCCCCCUCCACCGGCGUUGGCAGCAGCGGCGGCGACGGCGGAUCUUUUUCCCUGCCGACACCCACCCUGCUGCCACCUCUACUCUCUCGGCCUGUGCUCAGGUUUUGCCAUUUUCGGGUUGCUUUCAGGCCGUCAGGAAGCUUGGGGUGUGGGGCCUCUUCACAAGGGGGCUCCCACUGCGUAUUGUGAUGAUAGGGACGCUGACUGGUGCGCAGUGGGGCAUCUACGACGCCUUCAAGGUCCUUGUUGGCCUGUAAGUCUCUCUCUAUCUCUCUCUUUCUCUUUCUAUCUCUACUCUCUCAAGUUUUAUGUUAGAAGGAAGAUUACUAUUAUACGUCAGCUAUGGAUGCCAGCGAGGGGGGGCCCAUUACUUUUUCUAAAUCCCACAAUGAAGGUUGAUAAUAUCUGGGAAUAGCUAUAAUGUAAUCUCCUUACUUGGGGGGGGGGGGGGGAGGUUGCCAACCAGGCUGCCAGCUGGCGGGUCACUGGGUUAAAGAACGGUGGACGUGGCAGGUCUACUGCUGCCGCGUGGAAACAUCUGGGGCCCACAGUCUUCUCUCUCUUUACUAUUUCUGUCCUUUGAUGGGGCUACGGACUAAUAUGAGAUCGGCUGCGGUUUGUCCAGGCCGACGACAGGUGGAGUCAAUGCCCCCGUCCCGGCCCGGGCUCCCGCCGUGGCUUCUAGGCCCGCUCCGGCCAAGUGA